CUUAUAUUUAUAAAAAACAAAAAAUGGAGCCUUGUUUAGAAAAGCUCGAUAAAAAAAUAAAAUGUCGCGAUGAUAUUAUAAAACAAUUGUAUUCGUUGAUAGGUACAAAAGAUGAACCAAUGCCACAAAGUAUUUUUAUAUACGGUCAUGUUGCUACCGGAAAAUUAUUAGUUAUUUUACAUUUACUUAAAUAUUUACGAUAUAAUUUUAGUAUUAUUAAUUGCAUUGAAUUCAUAAAUAGCAAACAUAUAUUUGAAUAUAUUUUAAACGAUCUAAUCCCAGAUUUAACAUCUAACCCAGAUCUUGCUAAUAAUAUUGAAAACCUUAAGUGCGAUAACAUAAUUACUUUUAUAACAAAACUUCAAUUAAUUUCAAAGUAUGACAAUCGUCCAAUAAUUAUUGUUUUCAACAAGUGCAUGCACAUGCGAGAUACAGACAGUCGUCUUUUCCCAGUAUUUUUAAGAUUGAAAGAAUUAUCUAAUAUUAAUGUUUGUACAAUUUUUAUAAGCAGUGUGGUAUGGGAAAAAUGUAACACACAUGGUGGCUUGUUUGAACCGAUCAAAAUUUAUUGCACUCAGUAUAACAGAGAAGAAAUGUUGAAUAUUUUGUUAUUAUAUAAGCCAAAAGAUUAUAGCGACACUAUUUAUAAAAACUAUUUAAAUCUUUUUCUCUCCGUGUUUUAUAGAUUUUGUAGAGAUCUUAACGAGCUUCGUUACAUGGCCAAAAUAAAUUUUAACAAAUAUAUAGAACCGAUAAAAUCUGGAUUGAUAAAGAAAGAUGAUGUUUCAGGAUUAUGGCGAAACAUUUCAACUACGUUAAUAUCUAAUUUAGAAGUUAUAUAUCUUAGAGUUUCGACAGAAGAUUUUGUACAGCAUAGCAAUGCAUCUAAAGAAAUAGAAUCUACUGCUAAAUUGGCAUUAAGUUUUGAAUUACCAUUUUAUGCUAAAUAUAUUUUGAUAGCUGCUUAUUUAGCAUCGUACAAUCCUCCUAAAGAAGAUAAACAUAUUUUCGUAAAAUUAAGUAGUAAAAAGAAAAAGAAAGUAUCGAGAAAAAAGACAACAACGAAUAUGCAAUCUGGCCCACGUAGUUUUCCUAUAUCCAGAUUGCUUGCUAUAUUUUGUACUAUUCUCAAUGAAAAAGUCGAUGUUAAUGCUAUUUUGCUUGCACAAAUUCCUACAAUGUAUCAACUUGGAUUAUUAGCAUCUGUUGAUGAAAGUAAUCUAGAUGAACCGAAAUUGAAAUGUUGUGUUAAUCAUAAUUUCGUAUUGAUUAUUGCUAAAACAGUAGGAAUUAAUUUAAGAGAUUAUUUGUUUGAUCCUGAGUAAUACUCAUACCAAAUCGCAUUGGUAUCACAAAUCUAAUUUGUUAAAAUGUUCAAAAAUUGCCAUGAUAGUUCUAUAUCAUUUAUAUUAUUUUAUUAGAAAUUAAUACAUUGCUUACUAUAUAUUUUUAUUGUUUUUGAAUUCAUAUGCAUAAAAUUUGAUUUUUAUUAUUUAAUUUAUAUUAUUAUUGUAAUGUAUAUUUACAGCAUUUAA